GUCGCGCAGGCGCGGUGAGGCCGGCAACAUGGCGUCCCGGCCCAAGCGGCGCGCCGUGGGCGACGGGGUCCCGGAGCCGCCCGGCGCCCCGGCCCAGCGUCCGGAGGAUGAGGACGAGGGAGACGACGGGGUGGAGGAUGAGGGCAGCGAGGACGACGCCAGCGACCGGGACGACGAGGACGAGGACGAGGACGCCGCCCUGGUCGGCGAGGAGGUGACCGUGGACUUCGAGGCGUUCGCCAUCGCGGACGGCGACUACGACGGGGUGAGGAGGCUGCUGCGGCAGCUGUUCCUGAAGGCCCCGGUGGACACGGCGGAGCUGGCGGCGCUCUUGGUGCAGCAGAAGCACGUGGGCAGCGUCAUCAAGCAAACGGCGGCCUCGGGAGACAGCGACAGUGACGGCGACGUGGAGGACGAGGUCUUUGGCUUCAUAAGUCUGCUGAACUUGACGGAGAGGAAGGGCACCGCCUGUGCCGAGCAGAUCAAGGAGCUGAUUGUGAGCGCCUGCGAGAAGAGCUGCGAGCGCGGCACGGCUGAGCGGCUGACCGAACUUCUGAGCGACCCCGGCAGGCCGGUGGGCUUGCUGCUCAGCGAGAGAUUCGUGAACGUGCCCCCGCAGGUCGCCUUGCCCAUGCACCAGCAGCUGCAGAAGGAGCUCGCUGAGGCGCGCAGAGCCAACAAGCCGUGCGGGCGCUGCUGCUCCUUCCUCCUCAUCAGCAAGACGUUUGUGGAAGCGGGAAAGCGCCAGCCGGCGACGAAAGGCGGCAGCCAGGAGGCGGAGCGGCUCCUGUUCGCCAACGCAGAAGAAGAGUUUUUCUACGAGGCGGCGAGCCUCAGGUUCAGCUACUCGGUGCAGGACGACAGCGCGGAGUGUCUGGCCGGCCGCUGGGCCUUUGAGGACGCGCCCCUGCGGCCGCAGCGCACGGUGAUGCUGGUCCCGGGCGCCAGCAUGGACGGCGUCAUGGAGAAGCUGAGGGAGCACCUCUCCGUCUGAGCCGCGGCCUGCGGACACUGAGCGGACACUGACCGGGUGUGCG